UCACACGCCCGACCUGGCCAGAAGUAAACACAGAUUGGAGGGCGUUUGGAGGAACGAGCCUGUCAGGAAGAGUCUUCCAGUGUCCCAUCUUGCACCACGCCGAGAGGCAGGCACGAGCAAAAAAUUCGACGGGAGGGAGCAAGAGCGGCCGUUGCCUCAGCAACCGCCCCAGGGAACUGAGGUUUCAAGGCAGUACUUUACUACAAUGUCAUCUCCAAAAAUAGCUUCACUCUCUUGGGGUCGUAUAAAGGUCCAAGAUACUACAUAUAAGGACUGCAAAGUGUGGCCAGGAGGAAGUCGUACCUGGGACUGGAGAGAAACAGGGACUGAUCAUUACCCUGGAGUGCAGGCAGCUGACCUGGAGGAAAUCAUUAACAAAGGUAUUGAGACGUUAGUUAUUGGCCGUGGAAUGAGUGAAGCUUUACAGGUUCCCUCCAGAACACUAGAGUAUCUUAAGAACAAGGGGGUUGAGGUGAAAGUCCUUCAAACAGAGGCAGCUGUGCGAGAGUACAACUUGUUGGCUGGUCGCGGUGCACGAGUAGGCGGCGUCUUCCACUCUACUUGCUGAAACAACAAAUCAAGCAAUGCCAGGCACUGUGACAACACUUUGACCACAGUGUGAUCAUCCCUUGGUUUCACAACUUGAAAGGUGGUCUUUGUGAUUAUUUUCUUUGUAGUAUGCGGUUUGAAUUACUUAAAGAGGAGGAGAAAAGGCUUUAAUGGGUGUGUAUGCAUAUGUAUUAUAUUACAUAAAAGCGAUUUCCACGUCAAACUGGACUGUCUAGUUUUAGUGUCGGCUCUAGCCUUCUGCACAUUCAAAACUGGAUUACCGAAGGGUCAUUUUUACCUGCUGUCCUCAGAUCUUUUUUCUAAAAUAAAAGCAUGGUUUGGGAAACCUUGAAUCCCCAAUCCCAAGGUUAGGCACUUACUUUCCCAUUUUGGUUAUACAUGAAGGAACUGAGGAAGGAAAUCCCAUUUCAAGAAUGACUUAUCAGUACAGUUUCCCUCUGUGAAUAAGUGGUAAUGGGGCUGACUUUUCUUUCACAGGGGAGUGAAGGAUCCUUCUCUCCUUCUGACUGUGCUUGAGUCAGUCCAUUCUGCAGCUGCACUGAGCUCAUAUGUUUUAUGUCCUGCACCAAUAUACUACCAUUUCAAACUCCUUUUGUCUUGGUGAUAACUCCUCAAAUUGCUUAUUUUUGUUACCCUUGAAGAUUUCCUAACAAUUGCCAUCUAUCUGCAGUCAGAUGACUUGCACAUCCGCCUGUGAAAUGCAAACAGCAGGAGGUAUAACUGCAGAAAAAUUGUCUGCUGUAUCAGACUGCUUUGAGGUUCAUUGUGAUGGAGUGAGUAGCAGGAAUUUAUUCCUCCUCGUCAGAGAAACAUGGAAAAUAUAAAUGGAAAUAGCCUUAUAGUAAUUUUGAGGGGAGACAGUAGAAUAGUGGUAAUGUCACUGGACUAGUAAUACAGAGGUCCAGGCCAAUGCUCUAGGCACAUAGUUUCAAAUCCCACACAGCAAUUUAAUUCUGUUUAUGAAUCUGGCAUUGAAAGCCAGCCUGUGUAAUACCUUCAUAAAAUUAUGAGAAGCAUAAAUAGGGUGGAUAGUCAGAGGCAUUUUCCCAGGGUGGAAAGAUCAACUACAAGAGGACACAGGUUCAAGGUGAGCAGGGGAAACAGGUGAUGGAUACCUGGAACACACUGCUAGUGGAGGUAGUGGAAGCAGGCACAUUAGCAAUGUUUAAGGCAUACCUUGACAGACACACGAGCAGGAGGCAAACAGACAGGCAUGGACAAUAAGUAGCGCACCUAAGUAAGGAUUAGAAUCAGAGCAUGCUUGGUGGGCCAAAGGCCCUGUUCCUGUGCUGUAUUGAAUUGUGUUGUACUGAAUUCUAAUGGUGAUCAUGAAAUUAACAUCAGUUUUUGUAAACUUUGAUUUGGUUCAUGAAUGCCCUUCAAGGAAGAAAAUCUGCCCUCCUUACCCAGUCUGGCUGUACACAUGGCUGCAGACCCACAGGAACUUGACUCGUAACCGACCUCUGAAAUAACUGAGCAAGCCCUUGCCAGUGACAUCCACUUUCUAUGAAACAUCAAAGGAAAAAAAAGUCUAAAACAUUGUGAACAAAACUGGACACAAUCGCGUGGAGAUGCAAUACAAAUAAGAAAGUGUCUGUUGCAUGUUAUGAGCCCUGUCUGAUGUUUAAUUCCAAUAACUUCAGUAGAUCUCUGAUUCUUUUGAAUAGUGAUUCCAUCUCCUCCCCAUGUCCAAUUUCAACCCCAUCAUCUGGUUCUUACCAAGUUGCUGUUUGUGAUAGCUUGUUGUGCUCAAAUUGGCUGCUGCAUUUCAAAAUUAAUUGACAGUAAAGUAAUUUAGGACAUCAUGAGCUAGUGAAAGGGGCUAUGUAAAUGCACAUUCUUGAAAUUAAGAUCAGCAAGAUGGUUUGUUUAAUUUCAGAUAGUAGCCUGUGCCGUAACAGUCCUGGUGAUGAACUCGAGCCAGGAAAGUCCCCAUUUAAAUGAAUUAGCUGUUCAGCACAAGAUGCUUUCGCCUGUCUCCGCGAACCAAGGACUAUGAAGAGACAGAAAAUCAAUCAGAAACUCAUCACCUGAUCGUAAUCCAGUGUUCACCUACUGGAAAGGUAUUCGUGCAUUGCAUAAGGUCAGGACUGGACUGUAUCAUUUGCUCGCAUGAUUCCUUGUCACUGAGCUAUUCAUGGUUCAGGCCUUCAUCUGGGAGAGGUAAUAGAAAAUCCAUGUACCAAUUGAACUAUGUUCUAACAUUUGGCUAUAGUUUGAGGAAAAGGAUAAUAUUGUAAGCGGAAGAGGAGAAAUUGAUGGACAUGGUCCAAGGGAAGUGCAGAAUUUUUCUUAAUGUCAACAUUACCUCAGGAGCAGUACUUUUCUCUUUGAAUGCACAGUCCAACCUGGUACUUCCAGCGCAAAAUGGAGGCAGUGAUGCACUGUCAGAGGCGCCAUCGUUUGGGUGACAUAUAAGACUGAGGCUCCAUCUGCCCUUCUGGGUGGAUGUAAAGAAUCUCACGGGACCCUUUUAGGAAAUGCAGAGUUUCCCCCAUAUACAAGCUAACAUAUCCUUUAAUAGUUACCGGACAUUUAUGACAUUAAUAUUUCUGCGUGCUUGGUAUGUGCAGGUUAGCUUCCACAUUUCCGGUAUGUGUUUCUGAACAAAAACUUAAUUGGCUGGGAAGUGAUUUUAAACCAAGGAGCUGGACGUGCAAUAUCAAAUGCAGGCUCUUAUUUUCCUAAUAUGCCUUGUUUUUACUUCUUCCUUCUGAUGGUCACUUUCCCUCUGAUAAGUUUUAGUUUUAAUUUUAAUGGAGUAAUGGUUCCAGAUUCAUAAAUAUACAGCACAGAGAAGCCCAUUGAGCCUCUCCCAGAUUUCUGUGCAAGAGAUACCAAGCAAUUGACUACUUGAAAAAUAAUUUUAGAGUUUGUGCAUCUAAUGCUUUAAGCCCUUAUUCAUACUGAUGCAUGCACAAAUAUAUUGAUAGAAUGUUUUGUCAAGCAAGAAUAAAUGUAUUUAUGAAUUAACAGAUAAUUAAUAAAGCUAUAGUCUGCACAAA